GACUUAACACAUUUAUAGACCAGGAAGGAAGUUGAGCUGCACUGCUCGCUUCGCUUUCCAGUGGGGUGGUUGCUGCAAAUUCGACCUCAUUAACUCGCUGCUGAGCAGAAGGAUUAGAAAAUGACCACCCAAAAGACCACCGAGCCCCCCAAAUGUUGCUUCUUCAACGUCAAGACAGCAACAGUCGUUCUAGGGAUCUUCCACAUGGUUAUGAGCAUUCUGCUGCUGAUUGAGUACUCCCUGGAGGUGGCUAGCGGGAAAGGCUUUUGCAAAGACCUGGGCAAGGAUUACUACAGAAUUGCUGAUGUUGUCACCUGUUUCCUGUUGAUCAUCAUGCUGUUUGUCAUCAGCUUCAACCUCCUCCUUGGUGUGGUGAAGAAAAGGGAACGUCUGCUGAUCCCAUUUCUUGCUCUACAAGUCAUGGACUUCCUCCUCAGCCUCCUCACCAUGUUCAGCUCUUACAUUACAGUCCCAGUGAUUGUUUCUGUGUCGUCCCUUAGCCACGCGCAGGGACACUCGAAGAUCUCGUUCCCGGCUCUGCAGCUGCUGGACUCCUGCCUGAGUAUUCUCACCCUCUGCAGCUCCUACAUGGAGGUCCCCACCUAUUUCAGCCUCAGGUCUGCAGACCACAGGGGCUUCUUUCCAGCUCUGGAGAAAUUACCAGCAGAGGAAUAUGCCAAGGUCAUGGUCACCUUCACCAUUGCUUUCAUUGCUGUUCUCUUCCUGAAGGCCUAUAUGUUCAAAUGUGUCCUGAACUGCUUUAAAUACAUAAAAGCCAGCAAGAGAAAGGAGGUAAAAGUUGACCCACAAGCAGUUGAAAAGGUUGUGCUGCCAUCAUAUGAGCAAGCCGUAGAGUUACCGUCCAAGGAAUACCCACCACCAUAUGUAACAAUCUAAGCUCCACUCGUGGAGAGAAGACAGCUCUGUAUUGCUGUUGGUUCCUCUCCCCCCUUCUGUCAAAUGGUCAGCAUCAUUGAGAAGUCUUUACUUGCUAGCAGUAACCUGCUUAUUACAAUGCACAUCACUUUAUGAGCCUACAAAGGGAUAGAGAACCACUGGAGCUGGUGUCCUGUUCUCUGCUGGCAGUUUGAGUUGGUACAACGAAGCUGCAGGGCUAAUUUUAACAGACUUGGCACCAGGCACCGCAGAGGUUCCCACCACUGGCCUCUGACAUCCCUCGACAAGCUUGCUUAUGGCAGCAAGGUGUUGUUUGUAACCUGUCUUGCAUCUAACUCAGCAGCUGAGCUAUUUAGGAAGUGGAAUGGGGGGAAAGAAUAAACAGUCUUCUUGCUGAGAUAGUUCAACCCUAAGCAGCAUCUUUUAUUAAGGACCCUAUAGGGAAGGGAUCAGCAAAAGAAUGAAGAUCUCAAAUGAGCUAUGAUGCAGCUCCCAUCGUGUCUGUUUAUGAUGAUUAAUAGCGUGCACUCCAGAAUUCACAACACACUGGAAUUGUCACAGUAUUUCUCUGCCAUUUUAUACCUGAGUGUUUGCAUUAUCUUGCUUUUAGUGUGACCUGAAAGAUUAAUUUCAAUUAAAAAAUAUCAUUAAUGGCUUCAGUACUUUACUGUCUGAUUUCUGAACGAUGCUGUCCUUGCUGUCCGAAGCAUCGCAAGGAAGAGUUUGCUUUCUAAACAAAUUAGUUAGCAAGGAG